UGCCUGAGGAUAAAAGACAGGCACACCAGCGAUCUGUAGCCACAGCAGAGAUGGGAUCAAUGAUGGGAAUCUCUGCUCUCCAGCUUCUGCUGGUAGCUUUUUCCUGUCUGACUUCUCAGUCGAGUGCAUUUCCUUUGAAAGUUUUGUCCGCCCCCAACUUGUUGCGAGUUGGUGCGGCAGAAAACAUAUUUGUGGAAAUUCAAGACUGCGCAUCUGAAGAAGAGGUUUCUGUUGAAAUUGCUGCAUGGAGCUUUCCAGGAAAAACAAAAAAAUUAGCAUCAACACGUGUGAGGCUUACAAAAGAAGGACAUUUCCAGAAUCUUGGAAGAAUAACGAUCCCUGCUGAUGAGUUCGAAAUCAACCCAAAAAGAAAGCACUAUGUUUACCUUCAAGCAAACUUUGGCGACAGUUUGCUGGAGAAAGUUGCGUUGGUUUCUUUUGAGCCUGGUUAUAUUUUCAUCCAAACUGACAAAACUAUCUACACCCCUAACAGCAAUGUCAACUACAGAUUGUUUGCAAUCAGACCUGGCAUGGAACCGGUGGAGAGAGCGUCCGAAGCUGAUGCUUUAAUUAACAUUCAGAUUGUGACCCCUGACGGCGCCACUUUACAAUCUGACUUUUUUAUUAUCAAUUCACAAAUACACUCUGGAACGUACAAUCUUGGUGACCUUGUAAGCCCAGGAAUUUGGAAGGUGAUUGCAAAGUUCAGCACCAGCACACAGAGCUUUGUGUCAGAGUUUGAGGUUAAAGAAUAUGUGCUUCCAAGUUUUGAGGUGGAAGUGAAGCCUUUGCAGCCCUGCUUCUAUGUGGACAGCAAAGAACUCAAAUUCAGCAUUGAAGCUACGUACACGUUUGGUAAAAAAGUGGAUGGAUCAGCCUAUGUUGUUUUUGGAGUUAUGCAUGAAAAUCAGAAAGAAAGCAUUUCUGAUUCUCUCCAGAGAAUUCCGAUUGUUGAAGGUCAAGGAGAGGCCAAAAUAACAAUCGAGAACAUCAACACUAUCAAAGAUGUGAACAGCCUGGUUGGGGAAACUAUAUUUGUAAAAGCAAGUGUACUGACAGAGAAUGGUGGUGAAUUGGUGGAAGUUGAGUUGGGAGGCAUCAAGAUUGUCACAUCGCCUUACACCAUCAGCUUUAAAAAAACGCCCAAAUAUUUCCAAACAGGAUUAUCGUUUGAUGUAACGGUUGAAGUUUUAAAUCCUGAUGAGAGUCCAGCGAAAGGUGUGGAAAUGGUAGUUGAUCCGGGGUCAGUUACAGGUUUGACUGGAGCCACUGGAUUAGCGAGGCUUACCAUCAAUACAGUGGCAAGCUCAGAUCCCCUACUUAUUACAGCAAGGACAGAUGAUCCUCAAAUCCAUUCUGAAAGACAAGCAUCAGUCAACAUGACAGCCUACCCAUACCAAAAAGAAAGCAACAAUUACAUCCACAUAGGUCUGGACACAACACUUGUGAAUUUGGGAACAAACUUGAAAGUUAAUUUUUAUUUUGAAAGCCAGGAUAGACAUUGUGACAUCACAUACCUCGUCUUAAGCAGAGGCCAAUUGGUCCGGUAUAAACGAUUCAGGAGAGAAGGUCAGUCACUGGUCACCAUGAUGCUUCCAAUUACCAAAGAAAUGCUGCCAUCCUUUCGCCUUGUUGCCUACUACCAUCCAAAAGAGUCAGAAGUGGUGUCUGACUCUGUUUGGGUGGAUGUGGAAGACACCUGCAUGGGAUCGUUGACGUUAAUCUCAAACAAGAAAUCAUACUUGCCUCGAGAAAAAGGCAUGCUUGAGCUUAAAGUCACAGGAGAUCCAGGGGCAAAAGUGGGUCUGGUUGCAGUCGACAAAGGGGUCUAUAUUCUGAACAACAAGUACCGUCUGACACAGAAAAAGGCAAUUUCUUUUUCUUUCUUUCUUUUUUUCCAAGUUUAACAUGUUGGAUUUCUUUCCUUUGCAUGUGCUUUAAAAAAAGAAGAAAAUAACACUCAAUAUGAUUCUAUAAGUUUGUAUAGACACAGUUUUUCCCAACCCUGGUUCUCAAGGGACACUGGCCUGCAUGUUUUAGACGUCUCCCUCCUUUAAUGCACCUGAUUCAGAUCAUUGCAGAUCAUUGCAAACGCCAUCAAUUGAAAUCAGCCGGGCUGAAGC